GAUCCCUUUAUUUUGCAAUUCUAGUACUACACAAAAUGUUUUAUAUAGAGUAAAACCAACAUAUUAAAAUUUAAAAGUCUUUUUCAGGGUUGCAGAACUGUAUCUCUCCAAAUUCAUUACUGUAAUCCUUGAACAUUAGGUGCAUUAGUUGUGCCUGAUGAGAACUGUAGUUCAAUCUGUAGCAAACCAAAGGUUAACUAUGAGAACACUGAACUACAGAUGUGAUAACCACCCUCAACCCCAAACACCAUACCAACAGGUUAAGGAUAUUGGAAAGUUUAAUAUUUGAUCCUUUGCUUUUGGAAUCUUCAAAUUUUGGUCAGGAUGGAUGCAAUGCUAUAUCUAUGGAGCACCAGAUUAGCAAAGACUAGCAUCUUGAAAGCAUGUCACACUGAAUUGUGUGAGAGGGUAGCUUUCUGUGAUUUUGAUGUACAAAUAAAACAAGUCAUUGCUACUAUUGCAAACAACACUGUAGAUGUUUAUGUAUAACUUAAUCUACUAUUUUUUAAAAAAACCUAUUCUCGAUUAAAUGUGUACAGGAUUGCACCCUUAACCACAUCCAUGUGUUUCCUAAAGACCAAAUGAAUUUGUCUACUUUAAAAGUAUAGUACACCUAUACACUUAUAUAUUCUUACUAUCUAUGAUAGCAAAACUUUACAGAUGCAGCCAUUUGUCAUCAGAGAUGCUAAUUAUGUAUAGAGGCCUAUUUUGAAGCACCAUGUAUGUGAAUGUAGAGUAGAAAAUUAAAGAAUUAGAAUUAUAUUUAUGGUAGCAGUUGCACUUCAGCAAAGUUAUUUUCUGGGUAUCAUAAGCCUAUACAAGAAACCCACUGAUGGGUUUAACAAUCACACAAACCUAUGGUUUCUUAAUAAGCAAGUAAUUUGGUUUUGCUGGUACAUUAAGCAAACUGAAUUAUAAUAAAAACUUUGGUUUAUAAAUAGCUGGACUUAUUCAAUGUACAGUUAUGUAUAAAUCAGGCCAUAAUGUAACCCUUUUGUAACUACUUAUAUAUUUAUCAGAAAACUAUUCACAAUGAGUCAUUUUCAAUUUUAUAGCAACCUUGAGAAAAAGAAAUUUAAACUGCAAUUUAAAUACAAUUGUUCGUCCAACUCUAUGUAAUUUAUUUUAAGGCAAACUAAGCCCAGGUUAGUACUUAGAUGAAAAAUUUUAGAAAUGCCCUUGAAAGAAAGAUGCCCUUGAAAGAAAGAUAAAGGCAAAGCAUUUCUGUAGAGCUGCCAACAAAAUUGCAUACCUGUUUCUCUGAAACCAGGUACGGAGUUGCUUUUGAUUCAAAGGAAAAAUCUUGGACAAGUAAAUAUAUAAUUGCACUAUAAAAAUUCCACUCUACGUCAGCCUCUUAGGAGCUUUCUUUCAGGACUCAUACAGAAAGAAUGACUGCACAUUAUAUUCGACCCUAAGAUCACAAUCCUAUACGAUAUUUGAUUAUUUGGCUAAAAUAGUUAGGAGCUGCUAAACUCGGUGUGUGUUUGUGAGAGUGUGUGUGUCUGUGUGUGUGUGUGAGAGAGAGAGAGAACACUCUUGCCUUCGAAUAAGCCUCACUACGGGAGUCCCCAGGCAAGCAAAUGCGCGAGAUCCGUCCCAAGGCGCACGAUUUACACAUUGCGCCUGCAAAGCGCAAGCGUAAGUUGCAACCAUCAGAAACCGAACCAGAGCUUCUUGGGAAUUGUAGUUGUUCAAAAUGCCACCUAAAAAGUUGAUUUCAUUCUAACCCACAAUGCCUCAGAAUCCUUGACCCGGAAUAAGCCAAUCGGAGGGGGGGCUCAUAAUAAGGCGAGCUACGAAUGGAGGGCAGACGCCUUCGGUUACAGCCAAUCGCGUCUCAGGGAUUGCAGCGGUGCCGAAAAGCGGCGAUCGCCCGCCUUGCUGGAUGAAUGCUGCCUUGGCGGGUCGGCGAUUCCAGUUCAGCUGCUGACCUUCGCCGGGCGCCCGGAAGUUUUAAGCGUCUCCUCUGCCCGGGUCUCCGGGUAUGCGAAGGCGGCGGCAGCGGCAUUAGCCGAUACGUGAUUUGGAGUGGUCCUUCCUCCGUGGGGCGGGAGUACCAAAGCGCCUCCCCUUCUGCGUCCAAUGAAAUAGAAUCAUAUGUAUGACAAAGAAAAAUGAAUACCUCAAUGAAUGUGGAGCCUGAUGCACUCACUGUAGUAAACCAGCUGAGAGAUCUGGCAGCUGAUCCUUUGAAUAGAAGAGCAAUUGUCCAGGACCAGGGAUGUCUACCAGGCCUUAUAUUAUUUUUGGAUCAUCCCAACCCACCAGUUGUCCAUUCAGCACUGCUUGCUUUACGUUAUUUGGCGGAAUGUCGGGCCAAUAGAGAAAGGAUGAAAAGUGAACUGGGGAUGAUGCUGAGUUUACAGACUGUCGUACAGAAGACCACAACGCCUGGGGAAACAAAACUAUUAGCUUCAGAAAUCUAUGAUAUUCUUCAGUCUUCCAAUAUGUCUGACAUGGACAAUGUGAAUGAGAUGAAUUCUAGACGUCGAAAAGCUCAGUUUUUUCUUGGAAGUACAAAUAAACGUGCUAAAACAGUAGUUUUACAUAUAGAUGGCCUUGAUGAUUCGUCACGGAGAAACCUGUGCGAAGAAGCCUUACUUAAAAUUAAAGGGGUCAUCAGCUUUACAUUUCAAAUGGCAAUUCAAAGAUGUGUUGUCAGAAUCAGAUCAGAUUUAAAAGCAGAGGCACUGGGCACAGCAAUAGCAUCAACCAAAGUUAUGAAAGCCCAGCAAGUUGUAAAAAGUGAAAGUGGAGAAGAGAUGUUGGUUCCUUUCCAAGAUACUCCAGUAGAAGUGGAGCAAAAUACUGACCUUCCUGAAUACUUGCCAGAAGAUGAAAGUCCUUCAAAGGAGCAAGACAAAGCCGUGUCCCGGGUUGGAUCACACCCAGAAGGGGCAGCCAGUUGGCUGAGCACAGCUGCAAAUUUUCUUUCCAGAUCCUUCUAUUGGUGACUUUGAAUCAAGGCUAAAGGACUGUGCCAACCAACAGGGGGUAGUUUUCCCAUUAUUUUGGCGAACUGCCGAGUGCAAUUUGCAAUAAGUUAUCGUAACAGAUAUUUUUAGACUACACAAAAUAUAUACUGUGUUUUACAUUUUAUUGGACAUUUUGGCCUUUUGAGCAUUCAGAAGAUGGAAGCCUCAAAUCAACGUUUGUUCAUUCCCUCCUCCCCCUCCUUUUAUGUUUUAUUGCCUCACUUUUUAAUGUGGGUCCAUGAUCAACCAAACAUUUUUGAAUUUAUGAAGCUUUAAGUUAACAUUCAUGAUAAAUAGGUGCAGAGCCCACUCAACAAAGAUGUCAGGACAUACGUGCAAAGAAAUCGUUAGCUCUGAUUUUACAAAAUGAAAUGCCUUUUUUUCCUUUUCUUUUUAGCCUUAUUUCAGAUUAUAUAUUUCAAUUAGAAGAAAAGAAAGACAGAUUUAUUCACCUUUUUUUUCAGAGCCAGGGUGUCAUGCUCUAUUUGUAGGAAUGUAAGAUGACUUGGACUUGGAGAUUUGUUUUUUUUUUUUAAUUGUUAGCCCGUAACCACUUUCAAUAGGAACGUUUUAGUAAGAAGAAGUUAAGACAGAAAUGCAUGUCUAUUUAUACACAUUAUAAAUAAUCUGCUGUAAAAAUGCUUCUGACGAAGGCUGUGAUUUUCCAAGGAUGACAAGAAACUAUUGAUUGGAAUGUAGGUCUUUGCUUUUCACAGACUUCAAUUUGUUCCCAUGACACUUUGUCUGUAGUAGAAAGUGUGGUGACUGAUUUGGAAACAAACUUUUGAGUGAGAGCUGAAAAUACAAGUUUAUGGAGAAGGGAUAAGAAACAGGAUGCUGAAUAUGCCAUUGUGCUGCUACAUUUUAAACGUUUUGGCUUGAUAGAAACCAUAUAUUAUUCCUAUUGCCUUUUAAAGAAGCUGAUGUCCUGUGUCAAUAGGGCUGAUAUUUGGAGCUGUAUGACAGUCUGUCAUGUCAGAGCCAGGAGCAGGGCAAAAUUAGUGCCUGAUAGCUAGGGUUGAGGGGCAUCUUUGAAAAGAUGAAAAGUUCCUAAAAGUGCAUUGUAGUUAGUCUGUUAAAACACCUAUACUUGGAGAGCAUCAUCUUGCAUCGUAGCUCCUUAAAGAAGUUCUAAAGUGCUUGGAUCUUGUCUUUUAGUUCCCAAUAGUGAUAAAACAGGUGCUGUUUCAGUCGGCAAGAUGUUGAGAAGAGCAAUUAGAUUAUUGAAAUUUCAGCUGAGAUUUUUCUCAGUUUGUUAGAACAACUGCUACGUUGCACCACAGGAGUAUAGCUGAGAAAUUGCAGUGCUGUUCAAAAUUAAGUCCUUUGCAAUUCAUUUUGUGCUACAGUUGUUACAGAUACUGACUUUUUUGAGGCAAAGCUUUAUCUUUUGGAAGACCGUAGAUUUGUCUUGCACAAUUGCAGCAAUUAAAUAGCAUCAUGGAAUUCUCAUAUAAACAAAACUAAUGUGCAACAGAGAAGGAAUAGUCCAAAAAUAAUUUAAAAUUCACCUGAAUGCAGUGUCCUUUUAAGAUGAAGAAUUUACUUUCAGAUUAGAUUAUUUUCUUUUAUCAUAUCUUUAUUUGGUUAAAGUUUACACACACAGAAUACAAGCUUUCUAAGGCAUGUAUUAUAAUCAAUAUUUAUUACAAAGCAUAUUGCUGUCUAGAAUGUUACAAUACCAAAUGUGUUUGCAAAGAUCUCCGCUGUGUAACUAUGGAUGCAAUGUUUACUUUUCAUUUUAACAUCUUUUCUCUACAUUUUGCAUUGCCGCACACCUCCUUUACUACAUGACACAUCUCUUUGGAUAUUAGUGAUUCUAUACUAGUAAAUAUUAAAAUGUGCAUUUGGUUUGUAAGUAUGCUUUUUUGGUCAGUAUUGCAGCUGUCCAGUUAAUGUAUCUGUAAAACAGAUUUUGCAAAACUGUAAAAUAAAAGUGUAAUAUAA